GCCCCCGCAGGCUCUCCGGGAGGGCCGGUGGGCUUUCGGGGACCGGAGAGAGCCGCUGGGGCCCGUGCGCUUCCCGCAGGAUGGACGCCGCGCGCGCUGCCGUCCGUCUCCAGGUCCGGGAGGCCGUGCGCAUCCUUGCGUCUUCUGAGGAUGGUGUCCAGCUCGCCUCCGCCCUGGGGUCCCUGCAGCGGUACCUGGGCCGCACAGACCGGCCCGCCCCGCCCGGGGAGCAGGAGGAGUUCUCCCGCGCGCACUUCGCCACGGUCCUCAGGAGUCUCUUGGGCGCGCUGCGCCCCGGCUGGCUGGAGCUGCUGCCCGGCGGCCGGCUGGAGGAGCUGUGGGCCAGCUUCUUCCUGGAGGGCCCUGCCGACCAGGCCUUCCUGGUGCUGAUGGAGUCCAUUCAGGACACCGCAGGCCCCAGUUUCCGACUGAUGAAGACGGCGCAGCUGCUGGCCAGGUUCCUGGGGGCCGGCAGGAUGGCCGCGGUGAUGGAGGGGCAGUGCCGGCAGCCGCGGGAGCUGGCCGGCCCGCCGCUGCAGGACACCCUGCUCACCCUCGUGGUGGGCCUGCCCGAUCGCCUGGCCAACCGCCUGCAGCAGGACAACCUGGCCGAGUUCCUGCCCCAGAGCUACUUCCCUCUGCUGGGCGCAGCGGCUGGGCACGUGCUGCAGGCCGUGGUGGACUCCCUCCGCGGCGGCUCCGACUGCUCCGUGGCCUUCGUGUCCCAGGUCCUGGGGAGAGCCUGCGUCCACGGGAGGCACAGUGAGUGCUCCUGGAGGAGAGGCUCGUUCCGGCCCAUCCAGUCCACCCUGACCAAAGCAGCGCUGUCUCGGCCAAUCGUGCCCAAGGUCCUUCCGCCACAGGCCACCAGCCACCUGGCCAGUGAGUGUCAGCGGCGGGAGCCGAGCACCUCCCACCCCGUGGAGAGCCCUGGGGCGCGGGCUCAGACACGCGUGUUGCCAGGUGCGAUCGACCUGGCAGCCAGGAGUGCCGGCAUCUUCCCGGGGAGCCCCCUCCCCGUGCUGGACGCGGAGGGCCUGUCGGACGUCUCCCCGCUGUCCGCGGACGGGGCGCCGGCUGCGGCCUCGGGCCAGGACUCCAGUGGAAGCCGCCAGGGCGCCGAGCCCCUGCCUCCCGUGGGGGCCUGGUCCAGGCACCAACAGCAGAGCCGAAGCCCCGAGAAAGACGCCAGCGCCCGGACCCUGGUGCCUCUGCCGUCGCCUGGGCCGCUGGGUGGGCCAUUGCCGUCCGCCUGCAGCUCCCGAGGCCUCACCGAGCGAGACCGUGGUCUUCCUGUCCACCGACGGGUGGGCAGUGGCCAGGCAGUGGCCUUGCUGCCUGCGGGGGAGCUGGGCAGGCCCCCUCACGCCUCGGGCAGCUCCAGGCCGGCUGCUCCAGCCUGA